AUGGCCCCUAAUCUUCGAUAUUCAGCAGCCAAAUCAUCUACCAUUGGGAAGCGCUCUGCCAGCCUGUCACCUACGAAACAACGCACCUUGCGCAACAUCCUUCCUUCUCAAACCAAGUACCUUCAAAAUCUCAAAAAGGCACCCAAGUCAUCUUCAAAUGAAGAUGCUUUGCUUGUCCAAGACUACAAUGUUCAGCUAGAUUACCAACUUUCAGCCAAGAAUGAUAUCAUGGUGGCUAUAGAUACAGUUCUAGAAAACCAGUGGGCAGAAUCCACUACUCUUCAUCAUCGAUUUCACACCAAAGAUGAGAUAAAUGCAUCCGAGUCAAAUGACCAAUUAUUGUUUCUGCUUCCAGGACUCUCCAUGGAAGUGAAGGCAGAUAUAUUGAGGUAUCGAAAGUCUCAUUUACCCAUUGGUCUUCUUACGCUUAAUCAACUUUACUCGAUAUACGAUAGACAGGGCCCGACCUAUGUUGACCGUAAUUUGGAGCUUCGUCUUCGAGAGGGAAAAGUCCGCAAGUUUGUCAUAACCAAUGCUGCGCCAGUAGUUCUGAGAACCCAGAACAAGUACCAAGGAAGAGUUACCUACGGCCAUGAAAACGUGGAGGUGAUCGUGAAGAGUGAGCAAUACUACGACUUGAUAGAGAGAGAAGUGGACGCAAUCGACUCAGAAGCUGGAAAGUGUAAUAGCAUGCAAGAAUCUGAACGACUAAAGUUGCAAAGCACCACUUUGAAGAAAUAUUUGCAGUUUUUGAAGGGAAAUCCAUCAGCACUUUACAUCCACUCGGACGAUUUUGCCAGUGCAGAACUUUCAACUCUUGUUUCUUUGGGGUACGUAACGUUGACUUCAAACCACCUCAACGAGAUAGAGUCACACCAGUACAGUGUAGCCUAUCCAAACUGCGGAACAUUUCUUAAACUAAUUAAUUCUGGUCGAGCAUGGUUGGUAAAGACUUUGAAUAAAUCGAAGCAUAAAGAGUUGCUAGAAGAAAAUUUGUUUCAGAAAUGGGAAGGAUAUUCUACCAAUGGAACACCCAAAAUGACCAAUUUUCGUAAACCAUUUUAUGGCUAUGAUCUCUUUUGGAUAUUGGCCGAUGCAUUAGGAGCAGGAGUCAUUGAAGUGUUCAAUACCCCAGUAGGAAGAGGAUGGAAAUUGACAGGGAAGGUUUAA